CCUGAACGCUGUAAACAGGCCAAACCUUCCAUUUCAGUCCCUAAACCUAACUUCCUCAAUUCAGAAUUUCAGCAAGACAACAACGCAGCAGCCAUUCUUCCAUUUCGGGUUUUCUUUGUUUUCUACUGCUUUCUGGGAAGGACAACGCACUCUCCCCGCUCCAGAUUCCAGGCUACGCACCUCUCGGAUUCUGCGAGGUCCGUGACAGACAAUAACACAACGUGGGGCACCUACGGCGACAUCUUCCUCUCUCUCGCUCGGCGUUCUUGGUUUCUGGCGAGUAGUGAUAGGCAUCGUCACCUGAUUUCAUUCUCAAAGACUCAAAGUGCAUUUGAAAUAUUCACUUGAGUAGGAACCUCUAUUGCUCAACUUUGGUCAGUUCAGAGCUAAGCUGAUUGGUUCAGGGAUCACCCCUGAUUUGCCCUAAAGAAACCAUAGCAAAUAAGAAGCUUUAAGCUCACUAAUUCUUACUCCGAAGCUCUUCUGUGUUUAGAAUUUCAAAUGGCAUUUAGAGGGAGAGGACGAGGACGUGGUGGAUAUGGCGGUGGCUUUAGAAUAGCUAAGCAGGAACCAUUUGAACUAUUUCCAAAAAUCAAUGAUCUAGAUUUGGGUAAUGCAUCAAAUGUGACUGAAAGGUUAUCUUUAGCAGUUUGGUAUACGAAGUUGCAGAAGUACUGGAAUUCCUCGCCUUACUUUCUUGGAGAUGAAAGCGAUAAUUCAAAGAAGACAAAAAGUAUGGAUAUAGAAAGGUUUUCAGACAGGAACUCGGAUAAAGCCAAGAAAAGACUCCCAAUUUCGCAUUUCAUUACAGUGGACCCUGCCUAUUUCCCUGGUGAAUUAGCUAAAGGUGAAAGGGCAGGGAAACAUGCUGCAAAAAGGGUUCGCUGGAGUCAAGAAAAAGAUCUGCAAAAAUUGGAUCUCUUUGAGAAGCUUGAACAGAAGUCCAAGGGCCAGGAUGAAAAGAAAACAAAUGAAGGUGAAGAAGACGAGGAAGAAGAUGAGAAUAUUGAAGAGGAUGAGGAUGAGGCUAGCGAUGGUGAUGACUAUAUUCAGAAUGUUGAUUUCGAUGACGAUGAAGAUGACUUCAACCCGGCUGAUGACAAUGAUGAUGAUCAGGGUACCUUCUGAAAGAUACUGCUUGAAGAAAUCCUUGAAUGAUUUUGCUAGGCCUACAUCUUGUUAACAAUGUUCAGGUACACUCUUGCUAAUCCUCGUACCACGCAGACAAUAAGGAUUACCAUCCUUUUCCUCCAUUGGAACUCGACCGUGUAAGCAAAGAAAGCUGCAGUGGAACUGGAAGAGAGAAAAGAAAUGGAGGAUGGUGAUGGGAAUACACAGAGCUAAGGGUUCACUUCACUUUUAAGGAAUGGGAUGUGGUUGGUGGACACAGUAUCUUCUCAGUAUAUACCUCAAGCAUUAACUUCGUUUUUUUUGCCUUUUUCUUUUUUAAUCAUUUCUUCUGCCCAGUUAUUACUAUUUCUAAAGUAUAUUCUUUUUUAGGAGCAUGGUAUAAUAUUAUUACAAUUAAGCAUAUGUACACAUAUACAAAGCCGUGCAUGUGUCAUUGCCUAACUGUCGCACAUAAAACUAAAGUAAGUCAAGUUGUUGUAACCAAUGUUUAAUUGACAAGGUUUCAUGUAUAA